GGUAAAAUUAAAGGCUGCACUAAGAUUUGAAUCCCUGGCCAACCUCGUGACGCUUGGGUUUCAUUGAAUGUAUUCCCUAGAUGCAAAAUUUUGGCUGUAAACAACCCAUUUUGAGAGCGAGCUAUCUUCAGUCUCUUACAUGGCUUCCUUUCAUGGCAUGGCAUUACAAGAACGUUCCAGGGUUUUUAGGCUUUUUAACAAAUGUUCCUUCUCAUCUAAUCAAGAACCCAUGUUAAAAACACAAGUGGGUGUGCACGAAACAUCAUUUUCAAUGGAUCAUGACAUCUGCGCUUCUUUCCUGCAGGAGUGUGCCAAUACCAGAAGUCUGGCAGAAGGCAAGCAAUUCCAUGCUCAGAUGCUUGUAACAGCUACAGAACAAUCUUCGAUUUUAGCUACCAAGCUUGUUAACUUGUAUGCCAUGUGGGGAUGCUUCAGGGAAGCUCAGAUAGCUUUUCAGAGCAUACCAAAGUUAAAUCCUUACUCUUGCAAUGCCAUGAUUAGAGGAUAUGUCAAGCACGGAUUCUGUCACGAAGCUAUCGAGCUGUUUCAACAAAUGGAAAAGGAAGGUGUACCUGGAGACAAUUUUACGUUCCCUUUUAUUCUGAAGGCAUGCACGGAAAUUUCGAAUUUGAAGCAGGGAAUCGAGGUACAUAAUGCUGUAAUUAGGUUUGGCUUUGCUUCUAAUGCUUUUGUUGCAAAUAGUCUUAUAGAUAUGUACGGCAAAUGUGGCGAUAUUAAGGAUGCACGCCAAGUGUUUGACAAAAUGUCUCACAGGAAUGUGGUUUCCUGGACUAGUAUGAUUACAGGUUAUGCGCAGCGGCAGCUGAUGGAUGAGUCAUUGAAGCUUUUUCGCCAAAUGCAGGUGGAAGGUGUUGAACCCAAUUCGUUAACUGCGACAACCAUUCUCCCAGUUUGUGGCCAAUUAAGAUCUCUACAAUGCGGUAAAGGGAUUCACUGUUAUAUGGUGAAGAAGGGAUUUGAGGAGGAUGUCUUUGCCGGGAGUGCUCUUGUGGAUAUGUAUGCUAAAUGUGGGGAAGUAUAUGAUGCACGUUAUGUGUUUGACAACAUGCCUAAUAGAAAUGUGGUUUCGUGGAAUGGGAUGAUUGCAGGUUAUGCCCAGAAUGAGUAUGUCAAUGAAGCAGUGGAACUCUUUAGUGUAAUGCAACAUGCAGGGAUUAAACUCAAUUCAAUUGCUAUUAUUAGUGUUCUUCCAGCCUUUGCCCGUUUAGGUUUCCUGAAGCAGGGCAAGGAAAUACACAGUUGUAUAUUAAAAAAUGCAUUUGAGUUUAACGUUUUUGCUUCCAAUGGUCUCAUAGACAUGUAUGCUAAAUGUGGUACUUUAAAGUUUGCAAGGCAUGUGUUUGACAAAAUGCCUGACAGAGACGUUGGAUCUUGGACCGCAAUGAUUGCAGGCUAUGGUAUGCAUGGUCAUGGUGAAGCGGCACUCAAACUCUAUAAUCAAAUGCAACAUUCAGGAAUAAACCCAAAUGAGAUUACCUUCACUGCUAUUUUAACUGCCUGCAGCCAUGCGGGACUUGUACAUGAAGGUUGGAAGUUAUUUGAUUCUAUCAAUCAGCAGUAUCCUAGUCUGCUUCACGAGAAGCACUGUGCAUGUAUGGUUGAUCUUCUUGGCCGUGCAGGGCUCUUAGAUGAAGCAUGGGAUUUUGUGAAAAAUAUGCCCUUUAAACCUGGAAAGAAUGUAUGGGGAACCUUGCUUGCUGCAUGCAGAGUAAAUCACAACAUAAUUUUGGGAGAAUAUGUGGCAGAAAAAUUCCUUGAGUUGGAGCCAGAUAAUGUAGGUUUUUAUGUAUUGCUAUCAAACAUGUAUGCUGAAGCUGGCAGGUGGGAAGAUGCAGAAAAUGUAAGAGCAAUUAUGAAACAAAAGGGAUUGAAAAAAAGCCCAGGAUGCAGCUGGAUUGAGAUGGGUAAUAAGGUUCAUACUUUUCAGGUAGAAGACAAAUCACAUCCUCAAUCAGCAGAGAUCUAUGCCAUGUUGGAAACAUUGUCUAGGCAGAUGAAGGCAGCUGGUUUUGUUCCAGACACUAGCUUUGUAUUUCACAAUGUGGAUGAGGAAGAGAAGGAAUACAUCUUAUGUGGGCAUAGUGAGAAGCUGGCCAUUGCUUUUGGGCUGAUAAACACAUUGCCUGGAACAACAAUCCGUGUCAAUAAGAAUCUUCGUGUUUGUGGUGACUGUCAUGCUGCGACCAAGUUCAUCUCGAAGCUUGUCAAUCGUGAAAUUGUUGUUAGGGACUCAUACCGUUUUCAUCAUUUCAGAGAUGGGAACUGCUCUUGUAGGGAUUAUUGGUGAUGAUGGAAUUACCCAUUAAAAUUUUCUCGAUGAUGAUAUAGUUGUGAGCUACACAAUUAACUCGCAUAGAACAAGAUCAAAGCAUGUUACUGAUCUAAUUAUUUAUAAAGCAAAUUUUUUAGGAAUGGAAAGAGAACAUGCUAAUUGCUUAGAUAUCCUCGUAGCUGGAAAUAUUGCAGAGAUCUGCUUGAUGCUAGGAAUUUGCUUCUACUUCACGAGUGUUGCUAUUCUCCUUUUGAAGAAGAAGAAGAAAAUCAGGGAAAUGUAGAGACAUUGGAAGAAAGAAAUCUAAGCAACUUGCUACAGGAGAAAAAACAGAAAUAAGAGUGCAGAAAUUUGGUUAAAGUAUAAGCUGCUUAUGAUAACUUCUCUAUGAGAGCUUGCAAGGUUAUGUCCAUUGUUACUGUUAAUGAUUAAAAUUUGCACCCUGUUGAACUAAUGAGUUUAACAACUUUGCAUAACAUUGGAACUCAUCUCUGCGUGUGGGAAAUGCAUCAAUUGAAAUGAGACCUCCGGAUUCUA